UCGCUGCGUAUCGUGCGCAUGUGCCGUCAGCUGAUCAGUAGCCAUUUGUGAUUGUCAGUCUUUAUGAUUAUCAACAUGGCGUAAUCUUUUAUUAUAUUAGCAAUAUUGCGUUUAUUCGUUGCUAUUUCCGUCGAAAGUAGUAGCAGAUUAUAAUUAUGCAGAUUAUCAUUAAACUCUCAUCUAUAAACAUCAACAGCCAAAUUAGUCAAACGGUAACGAAACUCUAAAAACCGAACUGCUGCUACUAAUUUUUCGUAUUAUACAACUGUACAAACAAUAGCACGUAUACCCAAUAUGCAAGGGUAAUAUGGAUAACAAAGCAUCAUUUGGCAUGUCAUUUUGUGCAAUCGUAUAUUAUUAAUUAACAUAAAGAGAAUUUAAGCUUGUUAUUGGAUUUACACAAAAUUUGUACGAGGAUGGACACUUCGAGGCAGCAGGACAGAUCUCUCGGUAGUGGAAUUUCAUUGCCGCAAUGGAUGAAGGGGAGAAUGGAUAACAGAUUUGAUUUUGACGAAGCCGCAUUCAGUCCACCAUCUUAUGACGAUAGUUUCUUUUAUGCAAGAUAUCCAAGAUCGCAAAAUACUCAACCGCAACACGGAUUGAAGCACAUCGUAACUGAGGUUUUAAAUGAAAACAUUGCGAGCUCCACAAAUCAGAUAACAAAUGAAAAAUCCAUUUCUGACUUGAAGGAAGUCAAGCAGAUUGAUUUCAGCAAACAUCCGUUACCAUGUCAACCAUUUAUACCGGUCGCAAAUAACAUAGCUGGUGAGGUCAAGAUACACAGAGCUUCGGCGAUCGGAAAUGUGAAACCCAAGUCACAGGGGACGGAUGACGGUUUUCAUGGUGAACCGGCUCUUUGCGGCAAAUCGAUCGUUCAUGUAGCUAGUCAAAUGAUGUCUGGUAAAUUCACCAAGGUAUUCACGCCGGAUUCGCGUUCUCAGCAGAUGGAGAGUUCAAUGAAGAGCGUCAGCAAGUCGUUGCCAGCGACACCGCUGACAUCACCGACAGGCACUCCAGACAGUUCCCCGAAGGCACGCAGGAAGAUUCACAAUCGAUACUUCACGGGUGCGUUUGUACCGGAUAGAGAAAAGUAUCAGGGUAAUUGGAUUUUGGGCAGCAUAUUGGGUCAAUCCAGAGAGGUUAUUACAGCAAAGAUAGACGAGGAGGACGAGUUGUUUCCGGAUAUGGAGCCAUGCAAGCCGCUCAAUCGCAAAAAGUCGAUAUCUUCGCAAAAUCUUACGUAUAUCGGGAAAGAAGAAAAAUCGGCGGAUAAGACGUCCGUUUACGUAAAUGUACUCGAAGCUAAACCGUCUGAAUUAAGAGAGAUGAAUUUUUGGUCUCCGACUUCCAUGUGAAGUUUUACACUUCGUUUAAUUUUAACUUGCAUAGUUAUUAAUGAUGCUUCUACCAAAGCAUAUUUAGAUGAAUUUAGUUUGAUUCCUGGUUAUUAAUGCACAUAGCUGUAAAUUUAGCUCAUCAUACUACUAAUUUGACAACAUUUCGUACGAGAUUGAUGCAUAAUCGUAUAUUUUAAUUGGAUUCUUUUACAAUUUUAUAAUCUUUAAAAAGACGAGCCAGCAGUAUUUGACUAUUCAAAACACGACAGAAUUGCGUUGUAACUAUAUUUAAAAUAUGUUAUUGCUUUUUUUUUUAUCAGUUAUUUUUUUCCAUUAUUAAAAAAUGAGUUAUAUAUAUGUUUAAAAAAAAAAUUUACUCUAUAUUAUAUUUGUAUUAUAUAAGUAUUUACGUAGUUGUGUUAUCCGUGCCUUCACUGUCAAGAAUGCUUUGAGAGUUGAAGAUGCGAUACGGUCUGUUAAUUAACUAUCUUACCUAUUUACAAAUAAUCGCUAUCUUAUAUUGUAAUUACUUAUUCUCCGUGCGCGUUGCAAACUGUGGCAUAAUUGAGACAUAUUGAAAGUAUUAAAUCUUACGAGGUCAAGAGCAUUUGAACAUCCAAUGCCGUGUAUUGUAAAAUGUGAUAAAAUGAAUGUAGCAAAUGUAUGCUAUGAGAAAUCUAAAUUAUACACAACCAUUAUAAAUUCUACUAUUGAAAAUUUGCACGAGGAGUAAAAGAUAAAUUUUUAUCAAGCACACAGAUGAGUUAUAUACAAAUAUAAACAACCUAUGUGAACAGUCUUAUGCCAAUAAAAUUAUGAAAUAACAUUUUAUA